AUGAGCUAUGCCCUCACCAUUGUUUUCAUCCUGCAAAGACUCUACAUGCGUUUCUGGAGUAAGACUCAUCUUUGGAACCCCCAGAACUGCUCUACAGAUCUGACAGGGAAGACUGCAGUAGUGACUGGGGCCAAUAGUGGCAUUGGGAAGGCUUUGUCCCUGGAGCUGGCUCGCCGAGGGGCUUGUGUGAUCCUUGCCUGUCGCAAUCAUGAACGUGGACAGCAAGUCCUGGCUGAGAUCCAAGCAGCAACAAAGGGCAACAGUCAUGUCCUGCUUGGUCAGGUGGACAUGAGCUCUAUGACCUCUAUCCGGAGCUUUGUCCACUGGCUUCUGCGGGAGCAUCCUGAGAUACACCUGUUGGUUAACAAUGCUGCAAUCUGUGGAUUAUCCAAGACACUUACCCCAGAGGGCCUUGAACUCACCUUUGCAACCAACUACAUUGGGCCCUUUCUGCUCACAAAUCUACUCCAAGGGGCUCUGAGGCGGGCAGGAUCAGCCCGGGUGGUGAAUGUGUCUUCCUUUCGUCAUGCGGUUGGGUACAUUGAUGAAGAUCACCUGACAGGGACUGGUGGCCCUUUGACCUUCAACCAGAACUAUGACUGUAGCAAACUGCUUUUGGUCUCAUUCACUGGGGAGCUCUCCCGGAGACUUCAAGGGACAGAUGUGACUGUGAACAGUGUGGAUCCAGGUGUUGUAUAUACAGAAAUCUUGAAGAAUUUUUCUUAUAUGUACCGCUUCAUCUUCUGGCUCAGCAGCUUCUUUUUGAAGGCUAAAGCCUACCUGGUGUGA